UAUGAUCUCCUGCCGCGUCAGAUAGACAGGCGACGUGUUGCACUUCCGGAUUCGAAAGGCUGAAGAUUCAGCUCCAGAAUAGAUCGUUCUGUUCAUGCUGCAGCACUUUUCCGAUUGAACACAAUACCCUGCACUAUGGCGAACAGAGGCUACGAUGUCGUAGUAGACAUCGACACGGAGGGUGACCUAGGCCACACCGACCUGCAGGACGACGACCUCGAAUUUCACUCCUCGAACUUUGAGACCAACCCAUCAAACCGCAAAAUCCAACCCGACUCAACGGCCUUCCUGUCCAAUAGCGCGACCAACCCAGCGACUCUGCCCAAUGACCCCUCGGCCGUUCCUCCCAAGCACAUGCUCUGGUCACUAUCGUUCUACGCCCAAUUCUUUGAUGUCGACACCACGACCGUCCUGCACCGCUGUCGCAGCGCCAUCCUCCCCUUCCUACCCAACCAGGCUCCAUUCCUCGACACGCUGGACGGAAACCCCGACCUAUACGGGCCCUUCUGGAUCGCAACGACAGUGGUAGUCAUCCUAUUCCUCACGGGCACGAUAUCUCACAAGCUCGCGACCGAAGGCAAGAAGCAUUUCGAGUACGACUUCAAGCUACUCAGCGGCGCCGCGGGCUUGAUCUAUGGAUACACGCUAUUCGUCCCGCUGGGACUGUGGGCUGCACUGAGAUGGUUCGGCGCGCAGUCGAUGGACCUGAUUGAGUGCUGGGCGCUAUACGGAUAUAGCAAUCUCUUCUGGAUUGCCGUGGCGCUGGUUUCGUGGUCGCCGCUCAAUGGGCUGAAUUAUGCCUUGGUCGGACUGGGAUGUGGUGUGAGCGUGUUCUUCCUGGUCAAGAACUUACGCCCUGUCAUCAGCGCUACGGAGAAGAAGAUCAGCCAGAUCCUGUUGUUGGCGGUGAUAUUAUUGCAGGCUGGCCUUGCGAUCGCGAUCAAGAUUCUCUUCUUUAGCCACAAGAGUCCUGCUAAGGGUGACGCGGACGACAGGUUGAUGCUAUUCUAGGGUUGGAACUCUCGGCAGAAGCAUUGAAUGGGGUUCUACAAUAUACGGGAUGCAGUGUAAUGUAUUAUCACAACCCCACAAAGUUCGAUGUGGUAUACAGCAUCGUGUUGCUUUCAUAGGAGCGAUAUAGGCUUUUUCGGAUUGUCCUAGGUCAGGUCAACAGGCCAGGGACUGGGGUCGCAAAAGGCAAGCGACCAUGGCUUGAAACUGGGGUCUUGAGGAGCAAACUCAUA